GGUCAAUGCAUCAUGGCGUCCCUCACCAAGUUUUUGUGCCACUCGGUCAGAAAUCUUGUCCGCCCGGGUCUGUCUCUCCGUACUAACGUCACCCAGUGUGGCUCUGCCGUGUUCACACAAGGUAGACGGCAUCAGAGCACGGCUCCGUCUGAAGAGGAGCUGCAAGUCAGCUACUUGGAGGGUGAUAGCCAAGGUGUUGUUGUCUUUGGUUUGAACCGACCUGAGGCAAAGAAUUCCUUCAGCAGGAAUCUGGCUGGUUUGCUUAGAGAAGCACUGCAGGCUGUGAAGUUUGACCAGAAUGCCCGUGUACUCAUCAUCAGGAGUGUUGCACCGGGAAUCUUCUGUGCAGGUGCUGACUUAAAGGAGAGAGCCAAGAUGAAGCCAAGUGAAGUUGGACCGUUUGUGGCAGGGCUGAGGGCUUCACUAAGGGACAUCGCUAACCUGCCCAUGCCUGUGAUAGCAGCCAUCGAUGGAGUAGCCCUGGGAGGGGGGAUGGAGAUGGCACUGGGCUGUGACAUAAGGGUAGCAGCGGUGUCUGCCAAGAUGGGUCUGACAGAGACGAAGUUGGCCAUCAUCCCUGGUGGAGGUGGUACACAGAACCUCCCCAGGCUCAUCGGGCCUGCUAAAGCCAAGGAGCUCAUCUUCACUGGCAGAGCCAUCGAUGGACAGGAGGCGUACGACAUCGGGCUGGUCAACCACGUGGUGCCGCAGAACAGCAACGGGGACGCCGCCUACCAGAGGUCGCUGCUAUUGGCUCAGGAAAUCGUACCUCAGGGCCCAGUAGCACUGAGGGUGGCAAAGAUUGCCAUUAACAGGGGUUCCCAGGUGGACCUAGACACAGGGAUGGCCAUAGAGGAGGCUUGCUAUGCUCAGGUCAUACCCACAAAAGACAGGAUGGAAGGUCUGAUGGCAUUCAAAGAGAAGAGGCCACCCCGCUACAAAGGAGAAUGAAGAACAUCUAUAUGUGAUGCCAGCAGUUCUUCAUUAUCUAACAAGAUUGUACUGUAAUGACAGUGAAAUUGCUCUAUCCAUGCCCUCUCUUGCUUAAGUUUGACAUUCAUGCAGUCAUAAGACAAACUGUAAGAUAGUAAGGCUGUGUACAGAAAUGUCAGGAAAUUGUGUUUUCCAUACCUACCUACCGAACAUGCUGCAAAACUCUGCCUAACAUGAUAGUACAUGGACCUGACCUCAAGAUUUCAUUGUUGAUAUUUUAUGCGCCUGUAUAAAGUAGACUCUGAUACCACCGAGAAAGAGAAGUAUUACAGUAUUUGGGCAUCAGUGAGCUAUAUUGUGUGUAGGGCUGUAGGCUGACAUACAAGUCAGGUGUAGAUUCCAAUCUGGUAACAGAGAGUCUCUGUCAACAGAGAGUUUGAUUGGGAGGCAGAGAUUAUUCCAAGUUGGACAGAGACCUGAUUUUAAGAUAUUUGCUUAAAAGACAGUCAGGACUUUUCAUCUUUGAUUCGUGUCACUCUAGAUCAACUUGAAAUUUAGAAUUUGUAGAUGGGAGACCACCUUUUUUUAGCACGUUAACAACAUCCUAAUUGGAGUCCCUGUUGAAAAGGACUGCGAUUGGGAUCUCUACCAGUAGAAGUGUCUACCCAGCACGUCAGCAGAACGUACUGCGCCUGUAUUUUCACGGUUUUCGGUGGAUUUCUGGUCAACGUUGCAUCAGAAUUUUGCCUGUUGCAGAGGACAUAUUUUCCGA